CAUCUUUCCGUCUUUCGACCAAAGAGUGCGCCCUUGUAAUCUGAAGAUGUUUUCUGAAGCUCAAAUUUGAAGAAGAAAUUAGUGCUUUUUUAUCCAAAGUGCCAAUUUUUACCCAUAUCAACAAUUAUGUAUUCAAUGAUGAGACGAUUAAAAGUGUCUGGGAUUCCAUUAUCUCAGCUUAUCCAUCGUAGAGCGGCCAGAAAUGUGCUGGUUGAGGUACAGAAUGCAUCAUUUCAGCAAGGAACCGGUGCUACCCAUUCCGUCUUGCCAAAGGACUUGGUGUUCCCAUCAAGUUCAAGAAUAUCAUCUCAUUACAGAGCUUUAACAGCAGAUAGAUAUACAGGAUUUGUAAGAUAUUCAAGUGGGAGCAAUGAAAAGGAAGAAUUAAGUGACCUUCAUUUUGAGAAGAUUGUCGAUGAGGCGCUGGAUCAUCUUUCAGAAUUCUUUGAAAUACUUGGAGAUUCAGAGAAAUGCCCAGCAGACUUUGAUGUCUUGUACAGUUCUGGUGUACUAACAGUAGCCUUUGGUCAGGAGCAUGGAACUUAUGUAAUCAACAAGCAAACACCAAACAAACAGAUAUGGCUGUCAUCCCCAACAAGUGGACCCAAGAGAUACGACUACAUCAACAAAAGAUGGAUCUAUGUUCACGACGGCAUGGCCAUCCAUGACCUUCUCUCAGAAGAGAUCUCAAAGAUCCUGGAUUCUCCCGUAGACGUCACAGAGGCUGAAAGGUGGGACACGUGACAUCAAGCAAUUGAUAUAUGAAGAAGAUGAGACUACUUUGGGUUCUCGGGAAUUCUUGGAAAUAUUCAGCGUGGAACAGAGGAGAAGCAAAAAAUUUAAUUGAAGCAAAUGUUUUGAAAUGAGUUGUGUCAUUUCGAGUUCCAUUGACUUUUGAUUCAUCACGCAAUGGUGCAUGCAAUGAAGAAUCAACAAACAAUUGUAUUUAAUCAUAAAUUGUUGGCUUGUUCUAUGCAAUUUGUUUGCCAACAUGUAUUAUGCAGUUUCUUUAUUGAUUGAUGAAGCUAUUGGGAAAUGUUCUUGUAUCGGAAGGGAGCAAAAAAUCCUUCCUAUCGGCUUGAGGUUACAUUUGCAGUACAUGUAUUUCAUUGAGACUACUUGUGCCUGUAAAAAUGCAAGUAGAUCCAAAUUUGUCUUUGUAAUAACAGUAUUCUAUUCAGGCAAAUUUUUAACUUGAGUUAGCCCACUGCAUUGGGGUUAAUUAGGAAGAAGGACAACUCUUUAAAUGUUGUAUUAAAAUCAUCUUAUUGUGCAAUCAUUCAAUUAGUUCGUCCCUCCAAAUCCUGUGUAAAAAUUUCAAAAUGUUGUACUAUCAUUGUACUGAUAUUUAUAUCACAGUGAACCUUGUUCUAUCAAACUCCAUGGGACUUGUGAAAUAUCCUGUAAAGUCUUUACAUCAAAACUGUGUUAUAUCAGGGCUGGAAAACACAAGAAUACAAAGAAGAUUUGCAUAUUAUUUUGUGAUUAUGAAUAAUAUUUAUGUUAUAUUUUAUUCAUACUCCUUAUCCAUCAGCCAAUAAAAUGCAAGAUAAAUCUUUUUUGAUUGAAUUUAUAUAUUCUUGCUAUUCUCUUUAUAUGUACACUUUACGCUCAGUCUAAGUUCAACUUUUAGAAAAAGAAGUUGGAGUGAGGUCUAGGUUUUUCCAUUUUAAAUCAAACGUGACUUAUUUCAGCACUGGAUUUAAAUGAAUUCAGUAGAAUAACGACCAUACCAACUCAAUACCAUUACACUCCAAAACACAAGAACACUUUGCACAAAUGAAUUUUGACUAAUAAUUUAAUUCAGUGACUUGCAUUACCUCUAUCCAUCCUUGAUAAACAUAACAAGUUGUGUACUUUUGUUCAUUAAAGUUUAUUAAAGUUUACAAAGUGAAUGCGA